AUGAUUGGAUGUAUGAUCUCUUUCUACAAGAAUCGACACCGUCUAUUGGACUGGUACACCGAUCUCCUCUCUGUUGCACCCACACAGACUAUCACAGUAUCCCGACUCGGUGCUCGACGUGCCAUUGUUACAGCAAACCCUAAAAAUGUAGAAUAUAUUUUGAAAACAAACUUUUGCAACUUCCCGAAAGGCAAACCCUUCCAAGAAAUUCUUGAAGAUUUUCUUGGUAAUGGUAUUUUCAAUGUGGAUGGAGAUCUUUGGUACAACCAAAGGAAGCUAGCUAGCCAAGAAUUCUCAGCUAAAUCCUUGAGGGAUUAUGUUGUAAAUUCACUCAAAGAAGAAGUAGACUCCAAGUUACUGCCAUUGCUGGAAUCAUUGGCAAAUGACACUAACAAAACAUUGGAUUUGCAGGAUUUGUUAAGAAGGGUUACAUUUGAUGUUGUCUGUAAAGUUUCAUUAGGGCAUGAUCCAUGUUGUUUGGACCAUUAUUCUCUGCAAAAUUCACCUCGUAUUAUCGAAGCAUUUGACAUGGCAUCAGAGAUAUGUGCAAGAAGAGGUGCGGCACCACUGUCUGCCUUGUGGAAGGUCAAGAAAUUCGUUGGGAUCGGGUCAGAAAAGAGGCUUAAAGAAGCCAUUGUGCAAAUCCACAUAUUUGUGGGAGAUAUCAUUCAUGACAAGAAGAGAAAGUUGAGUGAAAGUAGACGAGGAGAUGAUGAACAAGAUCUUUUAUCGAAAAUGAUAUUAGGUGGCAAUGAAGAAGAUUUUAUGAGAGACAUGAUGAUAAGCUUCAUCAUGGCAGGGAGAGACACAACAUCGGCGGCAAUGACUUGGCUCUUUUAUCUAUUUUCAUGCCAUUCAGAUGUAGAACAUGAGGUGGUGAAGGAAUUAGGGUUUGUCGUUAACAAUGAUAAUGAAAAGUUAUCACAAUAUGAAAUCUUGAAAGAAUUGAAAUUCUUAAAGUCUUGCAUUUGUGAGUCUAUGAGGUUGUAUCCACCAGUUGCGUGGGAUUCAAAACAUGCUCUUUCCGAUGACGUCUUGCCGGACGGCACCCCAGUCCGAGCCGGAGACAGGGUUACUUAUGUCCCCUAUGGUAUGGGGAGGAUGGAAAACUUGUGGGGAAAGGACCGAUUCAAUUUCAAACCGGAGAGAUGGAUUUCUGAAAUGGAACAAGGAAGAAUAAAAGCAUUAAAGAAUAUAUGCCCUUACAAGUUUCCAGUGUUUCAAGCCGGUCCAAGAGUUUGUCUUGGUAAAGAAUUUGCUUUCAUUCAAAUGAAGUACAUUGUCGCUUCCAUAUUGAAGCGGUUCAAAUUUAGACCGGUUUCCUCUGACCGGCCAGUAUUUGUGCCACUUCUCACUGCGCACUUGGAAGGAGGCCUUAACGUAUUUGUACAGAAAAGGGUUCCUCGUAGUGCUUUGGAGGAACGAAGGUUCUUAUUUUCUGUUCUCUCUGCACUUGAUGACUUGGUAAACCAAUUGGAUGAAGCGAUUCGAAAUGAGUGGGCAGCUUUAGACACACCAAAAGGUGAGAAUUUAGAUCGUGAGAGUGAACCUCUUGAUUUUAAUAUUACUAUCAAUGAAACUGCGGCAGCCCAGCCCACUCCUGCUGAGGGAGCACAUGAUUUCCAUAAGCUUGAAGAGGAGGAAAUCGUGAAGUUAUUGCAAAGUGAUGCUGUUAGGGUUGGGAAACCAAGAGAUGUAGAGGCCUCCAAGGAGAGCUGUGGCAUUGCUAAUGUAGCUGUUGGUAACAUGACCUUGUCUGGUGAACAAAGACCAGACGACAGUGAUAUUUUAGUGGAUAAUGAGGUAUUGAAGUCAUUAAGGAAGCACUUGAAUAUGACAAAGUCGGGAUGA